GUCGCUUCGUCCACUGCUCAUCUGUUGGUAGCAUGCAAAGUGAAAUCGGAUUUGGAUAGUCGUGCAAUGCAACGUCUGCAGAGUGCCGGCCACGCAGUAAAAACAGCUACCGAGCAUCUCGUUCACGCAGCUCGUUCGGCAAUCCACGAAGACGAACGCACAUUCAUCAUCUCACAGCGUAUGGUUUCGGGGAUUGCGCAGGUUAUGGAUGCGCAGGAGCAGGUUUUACGAAAAGAACGUGAAUUAAUUGAAGCUCGUGGGAAACUGGCAGCACUGAAUAAAGCUCGUUAUGAACGAGGUAUUUCACCGAGCGCAGAUCGAUAG